UACCUCAUUAUUAUCCUCAACGGGGCGGUGACGUGCUAUUUUGAAAAGCAAACUGACAGCUUACAAAUAGCCCGUUCUCUCUGAUUGCAAUGUUUACAAAUGUAAGAUUGGCCGUCGUGUAGCUCAUCGCUAGCUAUCCGACGUUCGAUCGUCCCAACCAUCGAAACCGCCUGACACCGAUCUGCAGCAACACACAAAUGGCAUCGAUAGCAACGACGGCGCAUGAGUCAAGCUCUGCGCUUGCUGAUGCUUUACUACCAGCGAGUAUAUUCGCACCUGACCGGGGAGGAUGCGUGGAUGACCCCGGGGAUGAGUUCUACGAAGAUGGGGAUAUGCUUAACGGCGAGCCCGAGGAUCGAAGGAUCGACUUUACUAGCAAGCUGGCCCUUGUCAGCCCAAACGGUGAGCAGUAUGACUCCCUACUUAGCCAGCUAAGGGACAGGAUGGAGGAAGGCUCCGGAGAGACCAUCUAUGUGCUCGGGAUGGGUUCAGAUGGUGGCGAUUGGGGUCUCAGUGACAAGGACAUGGAGGCUUCAGAGGCCACGGUGCGAUCAAUGUGUGCACAAUUGGACUCCGAUUUGAUCCCGCUCAGAGAACGCAGAGAGGCGGAGGGUUUGGUCCGGGACUAUCUGAUACGUCGCCGUGUAGGGGAGCUAGACUUUCUGGAGGUCAGAGUGGCAGUGGUAGGCAACGUGGAUGCUGGAAAGAGUACCCUUCUCGGAGUGUUAACACACGGAGAGCUGGAUAACGGCAGAGGCUUCGCUCGGCAGAAGCUCUUCAGACACAAGCACGAGAUGGAAAGCGGUCGGACCAGCAGUGUGGGCAACGAUAUUCUCGGAUUUGACCAAGAGGGACAGGUUGUAAACAAACCGGAUAGCCACGGAGGAAGUCUGGAUUGGACCAAAAUCUGCGAGAAGUCCUCCAAAGUGAUCACCUUCAUCGAUCUGGCUGGCCAUGAGAAAUACCUCAAGACUACCGUGUUUGGAAUGACGGGACACCUCCCAGACUUUUGCAUGCUCAUGGUUGGCAGUAAUGCGGGCAUUGUAGGCAUGACCAAAGAGCACCUGGGUCUGGCCUUAGCCCUCAACGUGCCCGUGUUUGUCGUGGUGACAAAGAUUGACAUGUGUCCAGCCAACAUCCUUCAAGAGACAUUAAAGCUGCUUCAGAGGUUACUCAAGUCCCCUGGCUGCAGGAAAAUCCCCGUCCUGGUGCAGAACAAGGACGACGUCAUAGUCACGGCAUCCAACUUCAGCUCCGAGAGGAUGUGUCCCAUUUUUCAAAUCUCAAACGUUACCGGGGAGAACAUGGACCUGCUCAAGAUGUUCCUCAACCUGCUCUCCUCUCGGACAUGCUACAGAGACGACCAGCCAGCAGAGUUCCAGAUUGACGACACCUACUCUGUACCGGGAGUUGGAACCGUUGUAUCAGGGACUACUUUACGAGGACUGAUACGUCUGAAUGAUAUCAUGCUACUUGGACCGGACCCUCUGGGCAGCUUCAUUUCCAUCGCUGUCAAAUCAAUCCAUCGCAAGAGAAUGCCAGUCAAGGAAGUCCGAGGGGGUCAGACUGCCUCGUUUGCGCUAAAAAAGAUCAAGCGUUCGACCAUAAGGAAAGGCAUGGUGAUGGUGUCCCCAAGGUUGAACCCACAGGCCACUUGGGAGUUUGAGGCAGAGAUUCUGGUUCUCCAUCACCCCACGACGAUAUCACCCCGAUACCAGGCUAUGGUCCACUGUGGCAGCAUAAGGCAGACUGCCACCAUCUUGUCCAUGAAUAGAGACUGCUUACGGACAGGCGACAAGGCCUCCGUCCACUUCCGCUUCAUUAAGACCCCCGAGUACCUCCACUGCGACCAGAGGCUGGUGUUCAGGGAGGGCCGCACCAAAGCUGUUGGAACCAUCACCAAACUCCUGCAGUCCACCAAUAAUUUGCCGUCAAACUCCAAACCUCCACAGAUAAAAAUGCAAUCCACGAAAAAGGCGCCGCCUCGAAAAGACGACAACACCGCCACGGCAACAGGAGACGAAGGCUUGACGAUAGCACCGUCGGCGGGGCCGAGCACGACACAACAGGGAGAGGGGGAGGAGGACCCUCAGUUAAAGGAGGGCAACAAAGAGAACAAGCCAAAGAGCGGAGGAGGUGGAAGAAGAAGAGGAGGUCAGCGACACAAAGGGAAAGGCCAAAACAUGUCCACAGCAGCGGCCUCCACAUCAGGAACAGGAGGAUGCUGAACUGUUGGCUUAGCUCCAUCCAUUCCAGCUACUUUAGUGCAAAACACUCCUCGAGUCUCAUUGCCUUUUAUACCGGGAUCUUAUCGUAAGGGGGAACGUAAAGAGAUCGACCCACCCGCAAAAGCACGUAGCUAGGAUUUGUCGUUCAAUCUGCCGUUG